AUGGACGAAGACGAUAACCCGUAUGAAACACUCGGUGUGUCAACUACCAUGAGUACACACAUGCUGGCUGGGGCAGCCGCCGGAGUCAUGGAACACUCAGUCAUGUAUCCUGUUGAUUGUGUGAAGACACGAAUGCAGUCCCUAGUGCCAGACCCUAAAGCAGACUAUCGGAGUGUUGCAGAUGCCCUCAACAAAAUAGUUCGCAAUGAAGGAAUAAGAAAUACAGUUCGAGGAUUCAGUGCCAUGGCUUUUGGAGCUGGACCUGCACAUGCUCUAUAUUUUGCCUGCUAUGAAAAAAUGAAAUUGAUUUUAAGUGAUGGGAAACAGGGAAAUCACUUUGCUCAUGGCUUUGCAGGGUGCACUGCAACACUUCUACAUGAUGCAAUCAUGAAUCCAGCUGAUGUUGUCAAGCAACGCAUGCAGAUGUAUGGUAGCCCAUACCAGUCAACUUUUCUCUGUUUUCGGGAAAUACUGCACACAGAAGGAAUAAAAGCCUUUUAUAGGAGCUACACAACUCAGCUCACUAUGAAUAUUCCUUUUCAUUCACUUCAGUUUAUCACAUAUGAAGUCAUGCAGGACUUGCUGAAUCAACAACGGAACUAUGAUCCAACCUCUCACAUCGUGGCAGGAUCAGUAGCAGGGGCCGUGGCAGCUGGCGUCACAAUGCCUUUAGAUGUGUGCAAAACUCUCCUCAAUACUCAGGAACAUUGUGCCAGGACUCACCUGACAUACAUUAGUGGCAUGUCAUCAGCUUUUCGGACCAUAUAUGAAUUCUGUGGUGUAGCUGGAUUUUUUCGAGGACUGUCUGCCCGUGUUAUAUACCAGAUGCCAUCGACGGCCAUUUCGUGGUCGGUGUAUGAGUUUUUUAAGUAUGCGAUCCAUAAAAAGAGGCAGCAGGUUCCAGACGAUGUCUACAUAGGCCCAACUGUGCACAUAGCUACUGCCACUGCCAGGUGA